GAACAAUCAAUCGGAAGCAAUCAUUUAUCCCAUCCAUCCAUCCAUCAUGCUGUUGAAAUGCACUUGGCUAAUGCUGUUGCUGUUGUCGCUGUGCGCCGGUGCCUGGGCCAGCAGCUGUCCCUCGGGCUUCAGCGCCGAGAGUGAUCGUUGUGUCAAGGAGCGACCCAUCCAUGGCACCUGUCCGCCCGGCUCCACUUUCAUGCUGAACAUCAACAAGUGUGUGCACGCUUAAGGCUGGAAUUUAAACAAUUGUCUUUAAUGAA